CCAAAAGUAAUGGCAGUUCUGUGUUUUCUAUCCUGGCAAAAACUAAAAUAUUCUUGCUAACAGAUUUAAACCCAGAUAACGUUGUCGUAAGGUUUGGCAACAAUUCCAGUGAAAUGUUCGUUUCGUUCGUGGAUUUGGAUAACCUCAUAAUGGUGGACAGUUUGGCUGAUGGAAUUACUCAUGAUUACAAUUAUCACGUACACACAAAAAUCGACUGUGUUGGAUGUUUCGCAUAUGUUCAAGCAGACAUUUGUCGUUAUCGCAAUAGUGAUCUUAAUUUGUUUGCGAUAUGCCAGCUACUAUUGGAAGAUACGAAUGGAAACUCAUUGAAAGGCCUCCUGAACGGUUCCCGCUCAAAGCUGCCCGAUGACCCUACAUUGUCAGAGGACGACCCCGCUGCAUCUUUGCACAACCUUCUGCACGAGUGUGUUUACUGCCGCCCACCAGCUUGUCGAAACAGAUCGCUUAUUUUGGAAAAUAUUCUGAAUAUCAUAGACAUCAAUGUUAUGUGAAUCUACUUCUUAUACUUCUUCACAAUGCUGGUUCCCUUAAAGCAAUAUUUUUGGAGCGUUUGUUCGUCUUCUAUCAUUGCUUGCACGUUUUGAACAUCUUCUCGAAGCGUUUUUAAUUCACACAUAGCUUUCUUCGUGAGGUGCCCCUCUGGUGUGGUUGGAUGUUCAAAUAAUAGCAUACUGAUUGCUUCCUUUAAGGCACUUUCAGCUGUUUUCAAGCUUGUCUGAAUAAAAUAAA